AUGUCAUCUCAAAGAGGCGAAACCUUCAACGCCAUCGCCGACGAUGGCCUACUCCCUAUUGCUGUCGUCGGGAUGGCCUGUAAGUUCCCAGGUGGUGCCUCAAGCCCGAGCAAGCUCUGGGACAUGGUUGCCAAGAAGCAGUCCGGACGAUGCGAGAUUCCCAAGAGUCGCAUGAACGUCGAUGCUUUCUACCACCCAGACCCAGAUAGAAAUGGGACAUUCAACAUCCGAGCCGCCCAUUUCUUGGAGGAAGACAUUUCAGCCUUCGACGCGGCCUUCUUUUCCAUAUCACCAGCCGAGGCUACUGGAAUGGAUCCCCAGCAACGUAUGAUGAUGGAAUCCGCGUACGAAGCCGUCGAAAACGCCGGUAUCCCAAUGGAGAACUUAGCAGGAUCCAACACUAGUUGCUACGUCGGCUGCUUCUCCCGAGACUACAACGAGAUAUUGACACACGACCCCGAGACCUCCCCUGUUUACGUCUCGACCGGAAACGGAGCUGCCAUUCUCUCCAACCGUGUUAGCUAUUACUUCGAUCUCAAAGGCCCUAGCUUGACUGUCGACACUGCUUGCAGCAGUAGUCUCGUCGCCCUCCAUCUAGCAUGCCAAAGUCUUCGCAACGGAGAGAGCAAGGCAGCUAUCGUUGGAGGCACCAACCUAAUAUUUAAUCCAGAUGUCAUGAUCGCCAUGUCCAACGUUCACUUCCUAGGGGCUGAUGCUAAAUGCCAUACCUACGACUCCAGAGCAAAUGGAUAUUCACGUGGAGAAGGGAUUGCCGCAAUAUUCAUCAAGCCUCUGGAAGAUGCGAUUAGGGAUAAUGAUACCAUUCGUGCAGUCAUCCGGGGAACUGCGUGUAACCAGGAUGGACGAACGGCAGGCAUCAUGCUGCCGUCGAGAGAGGCACAAGAGAGUCUUAUCAGAUCUGCCUAUGAGAGUGCCCGGUGCGACCCAGCAUCUGUUGGUUACUUUGAAGCUCACGGUACUGGCACACCUGCGGGUGAUCCUCUUGAGGCGGGCGCCAUUGGGGCGGCACUCGGCCGCCACCGACGCUCAGGAGACGCUAACCGCUUAUAUGUGGGAAGCGUCAAGACCAACAUCGGCCAUCUCGAAGGCGCAAGUGGACUGGCGGGUGUUAUCAAGACCGUUCUAGCCUUAGAGAAAGGUUUGAUCCCGCCCAACCUCUACUUCGAAAACGGGAAUGAGGCUAUCGACUUCGAGGGCUGGCAUAUUCGCGUGCCUACCGAGUUGACACCUUGGCCAAUGCCUGGCAUCCGAAGGGCCAGCAUCAAUUCUUUUGGCUUCGGUGGAACGAAUGCCCACGUCAUUAUCGAUGAUGCCUACCAUUACCUCAAGGCUAGGGCUCUGAAGGCAGCUCAUUGCACAGUCACUUCGCCUCAUCUACUAGAUCACCAUGCCGAAGUCGAAUCUCUGGGAAGCUCAGGAUAUGCGUCCGCAGAAAGUGAUGACCUUUUCGACAAUGGCACUAAUCGACAUCAGUACCGGAUCUUCGCCUGGUCUACCCAUGAAGAGGGUAUUGCCAAAGACAGUGCCGCAGCAUAUGCCGCAGAGCUAAAGAACCGAAAAGACGUUGUCGAAAAUCGGUUCCUUGCUGAUCUUUCCUACACUCUGUGCCAGAGACGUUCUCGAAUGGCCUUGAAAUUCUUCAUCGUUGCGAACUCUCUGGACGAUCUUACCACCAAGCUCGAGAAUACGCGCCAGAAGCCGAUCCGCUCAAACACUCGUCAAGCUCCUUGUGUCGCCUUUGUCUUCACUGGGCAGGGUGCGCAAUGGUGGGGCAUGGGGCGAGAGCUCCUGAACAUGUACCCCGUUUACAAGAAGUCGAUGCUUUUUGCCGAUGAAGUCCUGAAGUCUCUUGGAUGCACCUGGUCCUUGAUGGAAGAGAUCGCCAAGGAUAAGAGCGACUCUCGCAUCAACGACCCCGAGCUCAGCCAACCUGUAUGUACAGCAGUUCAACUGGCACUGGUUGAUCUGUUAGCAGACUGGGGAGUACUACCUCAGAAGGUGAUUGGCCACUCAAGUGGUGAAAUAGCUGCGGCAUAUGCAGCUGGCAAGCUCACAUUCCACUCGGCGUUGAAGGUCGCUUUCUUCAGAGGGCUGGUCUCAAACAGAGUAACACGGCAUGGAGCUAUGCUGGCCUGUGGUCUUUCUCAGGAAGCUGCUGAAGAGCAUAUCGUCCGUCUGGAACCCUCGCUAGGCAAGAUUGUGGUGGCCUGUAUCAACAGUCCGUCCAACGUGACCCUAUCAGGUGAUGUUGUCGCCAUCGAGGUCAUGGAACGGGUCCUUCAAGAAGCGAAGAUCUUUGCCAGGCAACUCCAGGUAAAAACCGCCUAUCAUUCCCACCAUAUGCUCGAAGUCGCCAGAGAAUAUCUGCAAUGCCUUACAGACCUUGAGGCUCCCCGAGACACCUCGCGCUUCUCUUGCGAAAUGAUCUCCACGGUCACUUGCACCUCGGUGACAGGCAAAGAGCUCAAUGCGAAAUAUUGGGUAGACAACAUGCUUUCGCCUGUUCGAUUCUCGGAAGGUCUUCAACUUCUCUGCAGUCAAAAGUCAAGCAGCAAGAGUAGAUCGAAGAAGCUCGGCGGCUCAGACUCCGUCAGUGUUCUCCUUGAAGUUGGACCACACUCUGCCCUUGCUGGUCCCAUUAAGCAGAUACUCGCUACUGAGGACCUGCAGAAAAAGACCAUCGCCUAUCACUCUGCUUUGGUUCGAGACAAAGAUGCGUGCAUGACGACUCUAGAAGCCACAGCAGCUCUUUGGGCCCGUGGUGUGCCUGCGAAACUCGAAAGAGCCAACAGACCGGUACAGACUGGGCCUCGUCCCCAGGUCUUGGUAGACCUACCUUCCUACCCAUGGAACCACAGCAAGCAAUUCUGGGCAGAAUCGCGUUUGAGCUCCAACUACCGUUUCCGUCCUACGCCCCGGAACGAUUUCAUUGGCGCACCCGUCGCUGAUUGGAAUCCCGCUGAGCCCCGAUGGCGAAACUUCAUUCGAGUGUCUGAGCAGCCCUGGGUCAGAGAUCACCAAGUUCAGGGAUCGAUCAUCUACCCAGCUGCAGGAUACAUAUCCAUGGCGUUGGAGGCUGCGAGACAGAUGGUCCCUGCUUCAGACAGUGGGAGAGUUACUGGCUAUACCAUCACAGAGAUGCUCAUCACUAGGGCACUGGUCGUACCUCAGACUGAACUUGGCGCAGAAGUGAUUUUCCAAGCCAGGCCAUUCAACAAUAGCAGCAAGUCAUCUUCAGAUAUCUGGAAAGAAUUCCGAAUUUUCUCGUACUCAUCCACCGGGCCAAAUGAACAUUGUCGCGGUCUUUUGUCUAUCAACUACACCCAGCCUAGUAGCGAGGUUGAUGGCAACAGGGAGUCAAAGGAGACCUUAGCGCGCAUUGACCGUGAGUUCGAGAGCUCGAGAAGCUUCUGUAAAACUACAGCUACACCCGACAAGGUCUACGAGGAUCUCUCGAAAGCAGGUCUCGACUAUGGCUCGACUUUCCGCAACUUAAAGGAAAUAUCCUACGGACCUGGAAAGGCUUCGGGAAGGCUAGAGAUACCCGACACCAAGUCCAUCAUGCCUUGCGAGUAUGAGUACGAUCACCUUGUUCACCCAGCUACCUUGGACACCUUCUUGCAGAUCCUAUUCCCAGCUUUAACCCAUGCUGCGGCGAAUGUCAAGGAGCCCUACAUGCCUACUUUCAUACAGGAAAUGCAUGUGGCCAGCGAUAUUGCCAGUGACCCCGGACACCAGUUUGAGAUGAUUUCGGAGGCCGCAUUUGUUGGAUUCCGUGAAGCUGCCGCCAGCAUCAUGGUCCGAGAUCGUCAAGGAGAAAUGCCCAAAGUCAGAAUUCAAGGUGUCAAGUGCACGGCGUUGACCUCCAGCAGCUCUGCAGAUGAAAGCCAUAACCCGGAAGAAGUCAAACAGCUCUGCUUCGACGUCGAGUGGCUGCCCGAUCUUGAUCUCUUGUCAAAGCCAGAAGCCGAGGCUAUUUUGACAGCUACUGGUGUCCAGGAUACUCCCUCGGAGUACAUUGCAACGCUGGAGAUGGUGGCAUCGUAUUUCUACACACGAGCCUUGCAAGAAGUCAGGGAGGAUCAAGUAGUCCAUCCGCACCACCAGAAGUACUUCCGGUACAUGCAGCACCAUCGCGAACAAGUAUUGGCUGGCACCAUCGAGCACCAAACUCCCAAGUGGUUGCAAUUCGACUCGCCUGUUGUGCAAAACAAGAUGGAAAAGCUCAUUGCCAAGAUCGAGGCGACCGACUACGAAGGUCAGCUUUUGUGCCGCAUGGGAAGGAACCUAGCACGCAUCUUGAAGAACGAGGUAGACCCUCUGGCGCUGAUGCUGGAGAACGAGCUGCUGUAUAAUUACUAUGCAAACUCAUUAGGCAUCGCCACCUCGUACGCCCAUCUCCAGAAGUACAUCGCCAUGCUUUCACACAAGACACCGAGUCUCAAGUAUCUCGAGAUAGGCGCAGGCACAGGAGGUGCGACCGUACCAAUCCUCAAGGCUCUAGGAGGCGGAAAUGGCACAUAUCCUCGGUUCAGCAACUACACCUACACCGAUAUCUCGUCUGGCUUCUUCGAAAAGGCCGAGGUCAAAUUCAGUGAAUGGAGUGGACUCAUCGACUACCGCAAGCUGAACAUUGAGCAAGAUCUCGAACCUCAAGGGUUCGGAGACGACGAAAAGUUCGAUGUCAUCAUCGCAUUCAACGUUCUUCACGCGACAACCAACAUGGACCGCACCAUCUCCAACGUGAGGAAACUACUCAAGCCCGGCGGAAAGCUACUUCUCCUAGAAAUCACCCACGUACUCAACCGAGUCUUCCUUCCCUUUGGCAAUCUUCCCGGUUGGUGGAUGUCCGAGGAGCCAUUCAGACAAUGGGGACCCACGAUGGAUGAGAAGACCUGGGUAUCCAUCCUCAAGAAUAACGGAUUUGGAGACUUGAAGUCCAGCACAUCCGAUCAUCAGAACCCAAGAGACCAGACUGGACGCCUGAUGGUCGCCGAAGCCAUCGAGCCAAAUUAUCAGGAGAAGGGCAUGGAUGACAUUCUACCAUCUGUCGUCAUUGCCACUUUGGACGGGCUGGGUGAGGACCAGACCGUUGCCCAUACCUUGCGAAAGAGGCUUCACCGCGGCAAUGUUUCGGUUACGAUCAAGCCGUAUGCUCAGCUAACGGAAUUAGACAUCGUCGGCAAGCUAGUCAUUUCAGUCGCAGAAAUUAGACGCCCUGUCCUAAAAGACCUGACUCCGCAAGAGCUAGAAACGCUGAAAGCCAUUUUACACCACGCCAAGGGCCUGUUCUGGCUGACUCAAGGCGCCUGUCAAGACUCAACCCACCCCGAGUUGGCCUUGAUCCACGGUCUCGCGAGGACUCUCCGCGCGGAACACGAAGGCUUCCCCCUCGUCACCUUCGACUUCUCCACCGAGCACCCCCUCUCUUGGGAGCAGCGUCUCGACCGAUUUGUCCCGGUGUUAGAGCGAACAUACACCGAAGAAACCUUGGGAGAUUGCGAAUACUCCGAGCGGGACGGCGUUGUGCACAUCAAGCGCUGUAUCGCCGCGUCUGACCUGAACAAUAGAAUCGCCGCAGUGGGCCAGCCAACCACUUCGACUCGGGAUCUCGAACCUUUCGGUCAAGAAGGACGACCACUUACCUUGGCCAUCUCCACACCGGGUCUUCUAGAUACUCUAUGCUUCGUCGAUGAUGUAGAGGCUCUGGCCCCUCUGCCAGCUGACCAUGUCAAGAUUGAUGUUCGUGCAGUCGGGUUGAAUUUCCGCGACAUCAUGAUCUGCAUGGGCCAGCUCGUUGAUGACUUCUUGGGCUGUGAAUGCAGCGGUGUCGUGACAGAAGUUGGUACUGAAGUGUCGAAUCUCAAGGUCGGCGACAGAGUGUGCACUUGGACGCUUGGCGCGUACUGCAACUCCCUUAAGAACCCGGCCAAGCUGGUUCAGCCGAUCCCAGACGAUAUGGACUUCUCUGUCGCAGCAUCUUUGCCCAUAGUUUACUGCACUGCGUAUUAUGGAUUAGUAGACCAGGCCAGAAUCCAGAAGGACGAGAAAGUCCUGAUCCACGCUGCUGCCGGUGGUGUCGGACAAGCCGCCGUCAUGCUUUGCCAGCUGUACGGCGCCGAGGUUUUCAUCACGGUAGGCACCAAGGAAAAGAAGGAGCAUAUGAUGAAGACCUAUGGCAUACCAGAGGACCAUAUCUUCUCCAGCCGCAAUCUGACCUUCGCCGAUGGAAUCAAGAGACUCACACAAGGUAAGGGCGUGGAUAUCGUGCUCAACUGUCUCUCCGGAGAAGCCUUGAAGGCUAGUUGGUCAGUGAUCGCGCCUUUCGGACGCUUUAUCGAGAUUGGUAAGAAAGAUAUCGAAGAUAACACGCGCCUCGGAAUGGCCCCCUUCAUCAAGAAUGUCACCCUUGCGUCCGUCGACUUGACUGUCAUUUUCCGGCAGCGGAAGGCUCUCGGAGCGCGACUCCUGUCCGAGGUAAUGGACCUGCUUCGGGAUGGAAGUAUCGGCCAAGUCUCUCCCAUUACCAAAUUCCCAUUCUCCAAGAUUGAGGAAGCUUUUAGAUAUAUGCAGGCUGGAAAGCACAUGGGGAAGAUUGUGCUUAUCCCCAAUGAAAAUGACAUGGUGCCGGUCGCACCAAGGGAAGGUUCCAAAUACAGAAUCGUUCCCAAUGCCACUUACAUGAUCGUUGGAGGCUUCGGUGGCCUCGGACGCAGUCUCUCUCGUCGCAUGGUAAAGCAAGGAGCCAAGAAUCUGAUAUUCGUGUCUCGGUCCGGGGCCUCCAACACAGAGGCGAAAUCAUUAGUUGAAGAACUUCGAACCGUCGGCGUUACCGUAGAGGUUCUGGCCCUCGACAUCACCAAAAGCGAAGUGCUCAAGACGAGCUUAACGAACACAUUGAAGAAAAUGCCACCGGUCCGCGGCGUCAUCCAAGCGGCCAUGGUGCUCGAGGACCGCAUCUUCCUCAACAUGUCCCACCAGACAUUCACCAAGGUCAUCCAGCCCAAGGUGCAAGGGUCCUGGAACCUGCACGAGGCGACGAUGAACCAGCCCCUCGACUUCUUCAUCAUGCUCGCCAGCGCCGCCGGCAUGGUCGGCGAUACGUCCCAGGGCAACUACGCCGCGGCCAACGCCUUCCAAGACUCGCUAGCCCGCUACCGCGUCUCCCGCGGCCUGCCCGCCACCGUCAUCGACCUCGGCAUGGUCAAGUCCGUCGGCUACGUGGCGGAGAACGAAGGCGCGGCCGAGCGCAACCUCGCGCGCUGGGGAUUCCUGCAGAUCGAGGAAGAAGAGUUCCUGACCAUGGUCGACAUCGCGAUGGAAAGCGGCGACGAGGAGCAGCAGCAGCGCAGAUGCCAGAUCGUGACCGGUGUUGGCACGCAGGCCGACUUCGACCGCAGCCAGGGCGAUGUGCCCCACUGGUUCCGCGACCCCGUGUUCUCGCACCUGCACAACAUGCGGGCGCGCCACGUCGACACCGGCUCUAGCUCCGGGCCAUCGCUGGCGCAGCAGAUCAAGGAGACGGUGUCGGUCUCGGCCGCCGCGGCUAUCAUCCUCGAUGCGCUGAUGAAGAAGCUGUCCAAGUCGUUGAUGAUUGCCUUGGAAGAUAUCGACGCCUCUGCCCCCACUUCAGUGUAUGGUGUAGAUUCGCUUGUGGCCGUGGAGGUGAGGAAUUGGCUGCUCCGAGAAGUCAAGGCUGAUGUUCCUGUCUUUGAGAUUUUGCAAGCUUCUUCGCUUCAGCUUUUAGGUUACAAGAUCGCGGAGAAGAGUACCUUGGUGAGCGAGAACGCUAUAAAGGGGGAUGAUUGA